CUGAGCGAGAUCUUUGGCGGCCCUCACGGCGACAAGUACUCCGACCUGGACGUCGUAAUGCCCGCACAACAGGUCAAGUCCAUCACAAUCCGCUCUGGCGAGCGCGUGAACGGCGUGGGCCUCGUGAUGACGGACUUCUGGCGGGACGACCACACCCUGUACCACGGCGGCUAUGGCGGCGACAACGAGACCCUCUCUCUGAGCGCGGGCGAGCACGUCACCGAGAUUGAGGCGCACUGGGACGAGUAUCGCAGCCACACGCGCAUCUUCUACAUCAAGUUCACCACCGACAAGGGCAACAAGAUCGAAGGAGGCACCCCCGUUCUGGACUCGGCCAACAUUGGAAAGGAGACCGCGCCCGACGGCUACCAGCUCGGUGGCUUUGUCGGUUAUGCCGGCAAGGAGCUCGACAUGGUUCAGGCCAUUUGGGCGGACCAGAGAUCCUGGUAG